AUGUACCAGCAGUAUCGUUUCGUCAUGGCUAAUGGGAUGAAAGUAAAAUUCCGUGCGUUUAAUGGCGCCCCUAACCUUAAAAUGGAUACCAAGGCCUCUGUGUUUGGCGAAAAAGAAUCUUAUAUCGCCUAUUACAUGCUUGAUAAAGACAGGCCCAAAACGCCAGAGGAAAGAUGGAGCCUGGAAUUGCGCAAUACACCGAGUGUAAAAUUCCGCGUGAUCAUGCUGGCCGACAACGAUCCUGAAUCAAAAGACCUCGGUAUGGCAACGGUCGACAGAACAUUCAUCGAUAUCGAUGAUGUUUAUAAAAGAUACGUAGGCGCUGCUCUUUACCGGACUACCACUGUCAAUACUCUCGUUGCGUAUACCACUGAAUUCAUAGCAAAAAAGAAAGAAGAGGGUAAAUUAAAAAGUGAUGAUGAUAUCAUCCGUGAAUGUUAUUACUGCCUGCGAAAGGUUUUUCUUGAAAUGUAUUAUAAAGGUCCCGUCCAUUCGGAACUGGAGAAAUACAUGACGGGGAAGAAGCUUUAUAAAAAAGUAUUGAAGCAACAGGAGAAAGAUGAACAAAAGAAAGAAGAAAGAGAAGAUGAGAUACGGAUCAAUGCUGUCGUCUUCGCCACAUCACUUAGAAUGGCACUUGCGGCGCAAAACAUACAGUCGGAACUUUUCGUUUACAUGCCUCGCAAGCUCGGAGCCUGGAGAGAUGCUGUAUUCCUGGAUGAGCUGGAUUUUGUAAUGAAAGUAAAAAGCAAACGACGUAACUACUUCCUGGAAGCCUUUAAUAAUUUCGAUGCAUUUGCAUCACCUUAUUCUUACCUCGAGGGUACUGAAGGGUAUAGCAUCGGGUAUGCAGAACCCAACCAGUACUAUAAAACGCCGGGACCAUCCACUACUUACCAGGAAAACGUGGCCCGUAAAGACUACGAGGUGAAAUUUGCUGAUGGAAUGGACAUUAUCAACGUUCAACGUACUUCUAUCCUGACAGGAUAUACCAAGCCCGUACUCACCUUUCAUUCAAAAAGCGGCCCUUUAAGUAUCACUCGUGAACGAGAGUAUUUCCUGAUGGACUUUCCAUCAUGGAAACCGCAGCGAUUUAAUGACCACCCGGCUGGUCUUGAAGAAGCACUCGGAAUAAAGGAGAUUGUGGGUGUGUACAAACAUCGUGACCUGGUGGUUGAGCUGGAAACAGAGGAGGAUGUCAGGAAAAGUAAACCCGAUUUCGGUCUUUUGAAAAAGAUAGGAACAGAAGUGAUAAUAACAGCUCCGGGAAAAGAAGUUGAUUUUGUAUCCAGGUUUUUUGCGCCGGGCUUUGGCAUUGAUGAAGAUCCGGUAACGGGAUCAGCACAUUCGCAAUUGAUUCCGUUCUGGAGUGAAAAAUUGGGUAAGAAAAAAAUGGUCGCACGCCAGUUAUCGGCACGUGGAGGUGAAUUACAAGUCGAGCAAAAAGGGGAACGGGUAAUGAUGGGCGGGCAAUGCGCCUAUUACAUGAAAGGUCAAAUAGUGAUCCCUGAUCAGCCACGUUAA